GUGCAUGAUGGGUACGAACGCCAGCCGCGAUUUCCCGAUUAGUUCCGAAACUAUGGAGGCACUGAUUACCUGGAUGUUAAAUAUGGGAUAUCGACGUUAGGAUAUCACCUUUAUGAUUUACAGAUACCAACAAUUAUUUUUUUCACAUAAUGCCGUUAAUCUGUUGCCUGGGCGUUUUGGAUAUUAUUUCAUUAGCUAUUGCAAGCUAUAUAUCUUAAGUGUUUAUCAAAGUUUAAACGCAGCCCUGUAGGUGCAACGUCAUACGUCAUGAGAAUAAACGAGAACACCUUGUUGGAAGGGAAACAAGUCGUUUUAGUGCCGUACAAUGCAGACCAUGUACCCAGGUAUCACCAGUGGAUGUGCUCUUCAGAGCUGCAGAAGCUAACUGCCUCGGAGCCGCUCACUCUAGAACAGGAGUAUGACAUGCAGAGGAGCUGGAGAGAGGAUGACGACAAGUGCACCUUCAUUAUCCUUGACAAGCAGCGAUGGGCAGACCCUUCAUUCCAGGAGCAGGAAUGCAUGGUGGGAGACGUCAACAUCUUUCUCAUUGACCCCAAUGAGGCAUCUGUGGCCGAGCUGGAGAUCAUGAUUGCAGAACCAAACUAUAGAGGAAAGGGCCUUGGAAAGGAGGUGACCCAUAUGAUGAUGUGUUAUGGGGUCACCAAACUUGGAAUCCGCAAAUUCGAAGUCAAGAUUGGCCUGGACAACAAAGUCAGCAUUGCCAUGUUUAAAAAGUUCAAUUUUCAUGAGAUAUCCGUGAGCGAGGUCUUCCAAGAGGUAACACUGGAGCUGGCAGUGGACGAGGCCUUGAAAGAUCGGCUAAUGGAGGACAUGAGCUUCCUGCAGGAGAGGGAGUACCACAAAGCUCAGGAGAGCAGGCACAUUGCUAGCCAGCCAGUGACUUAGCAAACACCUGUCAGGCACAGAGUCAUGUUGGAGCCAGUUAGUCUUUACUUACUUCUGAGCAGGUCUGACUGAGAAAGUUAUGUACCCUUAAGCUGAUUUUGCCAUUUGAGAAUUUAAUUUUUUUUUUACCUUUUAUCAACAAACAUAUAUAAUACUCAAAUCAGAAGCAAGAAAUGAUGAAAUGUUAUUUUGUUUAGAAACUUUGUGGCAGUCUGAAAAAAACAGCUCUGUGUCCCAGGAUCAUAUUUCUGCUUAAGAAGCUGAGCACGUUACAAAAAUAAAAACGUACUCCUUU